UAUAAAUUAAAUGUGCCAAUUAGAUAAAAUAAUUUCAAGCAAUCGAUAAAAUUGUCAGGAUUGCGAUUUAUCUUUUUAACGAUUGGUCUCUCGCUGUGUUUAUUCAUUUAUUUACUAGCAAAAGGACUUUUCUAGGCACAUAUGGUCGAUGGCAGCGCCUUGGAAACCUGUUUGACGACAACCACAACCAUCGAGGAAGAUUCCUUCGUACCGACAAAAAUAGUUGCUCGCAAACGCGGCUUAUAUUGUGCACAUGCGAUCCGCACAUCGGCGCGCCGUAAUUGGAAGAUUCCAGCAUCUAAGAAACAAAGCAUCGCAGCAUCCUGGGAGAUUCCUGUAUCACGUAUAGAGAAACCCUGGACUCAGGUUCAACAGACCGGUAAGAACAUCGUGACGGAAACUGUAGACAGUUAUAUCAUGAAUCGAAUGCGUCAUUUUCACAGCAUCACGAUUCUUUUGUCCGUUGUUGUUCCUUAUCUUUUUUCUAUCCUUUUCUUUCUUUCUUUGAGUGGUCACCGAUACGAUACGAUUUCGUCACGUUUUGGCAGGAGCCUGUAGGACAUUUGUAUCUCAAUAGAAAAAGAUACCCGGGACAAUUAAAGUCACCCGAAAGUCAUCGUAGCGAUGGAAAAAUUCUUGUCAAUCACGAAGAGAAAGGUUAAAUGAGGUUGUAAGGUCUGGAUCGUAAAGGUCCAUUCAGUUCCUUCUAACAGGUAUACAGAAGCGUUAGUUAGCAAAUGCGUAACGUAAUAGGACUCUUCGUCUAGCGGAACAAUGGAGGACGUGACGGCCUCUUUAAUGCGAAUUGACGCGUGAUCAACAUGUAGGAUAUUUAUGUAUGGAAACGGGUUUCCCACGUGGUCUUGAAGUUUUUCAUAAAUUUGAAUUGCGCGCGGUGUCACGCCGUGACGAUAAGCGCUUUAAAGACAGUUAGAUAGACGUCCCGCUUGGCUAUGAUCCAAGGGAAGAAUUCCGCUAUUGGUAUUGGCCGAUGACUUUCCGAAGGAUUUCUAACUGUCCCUGCGACCUCAGUUGACCAGAAUGGCUUCUUCACGGAUGGAUCUUUUGAUAGGUAACAGUCGCUUUGAUUUUUAUUCGAUUACCGUAUCGCUUCGACACGCCAUCGUCAACGAGCAAGCGUGUCGGAUGUCUUUGGUGUUCAAUGAAAGAAAA